AUGUCCAAAGGAAUUGCUUAUACGUUUAAAAAGAGGUUUGGACAAGUCGAAAAGCUAAGAAAGCAGGGCGGAAGUGUUAAAGAUGUUUUAUAUUUGAGAAGUAAGAGCGAAAAUGAACAUACUAGGAAUUUCUUUUACCUGUUAACGAAGCAUUCUUCUCAUGACAAGCCAACUUAUCAAAGAGUGUGGAAAUGCCUAAUAAAAUUAAAGAACAUCCUGUUGGCCAAGAAAAUUACUCAAAUAGCAAUUCCUAAAUUGGCAUGUAGUUUAGAUGGGUUGGACUGGAAAACCGUCAGAAACAUGCUCAAAACCGUCUUCGAAAACAGUGGCAACGAGAUCCUACUAAGCUGCUAG